AUGCCUCUCAAGGUCGUGAUCGUCGGCGGAGGAAUAGCAGGGCUGACCGCCGCCAUAGCCUUCGCCCGUAACGGACACGAUGUCCAUGUCUACGAGAGGCGCGACCAUUCCAGACAUGGAGAAAGCGGGAGCGGGAUUCUGCUGAUGCCUAAUGUCAUACCGAUCCUCAAGCAGUGGGGCAUGCAGCACGAAUUGGAGAAGAAUGCUAACCCUGUUUCGACGACUGAGAUGAGAAUGCCGGAUGGUGAGGUUAUCCUGCAGCGAGACUGGGCUCAGCGGGGAGAGGCUUGGUAUGGUCUACGAGGAGCUUUCAAUGCGAUGUUUCGGCGGUCAGCGGUUGCCAGUGGAGCCAUGAUUCUGGACAGCACUAAUGUCAGCCAUGUUGAUCCGGAACGGGGAGUACUAGUACUGCAAGACGGUACGGUCGUGGAAGCAGAUCUCAUCAUCGGCGCCGAUGGCUCCAGUUCCAAUGUUCGUCAAGACCUGUUCCCUCAGUACAAGGCCACAACGCUCGAUAUGGCAUGCUUCCAGAUUUCGACGCCCUUAUUUGAGGUCACGAACGACCCAGUUCUUAGCCAACUCACAAGCGGAGCUGCCACUGUGAUAACACUGUCGCCCGGCCGGAAUAUCUAUGCCUCUCCAGCGCCAGCCCAGAACUCCUUCGACAUACAAUUUGUGGAUCAGGAGUAUUCUCUGGCUCAGGACCCUCAUGCCGACCUAUUGAACGAACGAAUCACCGAUCUGGAGUGGCUGAGGAAAAGAUGGAGUGAUCAUAGUCCAGCUUACCAGGCCAUUAUUCAACGGGCAGAAUCUGCAUUCAAGUGGAGAUUCAUGGAGGUUCGUAAUCUACCGUCUUGGUCAAGAGGCAACGUCGUUCUUCUGGGUGAUGCUUGUCAUUCCAUGAGACCGUUCGCUGGACAGGGUUGUGCAUCGGGGAUUGAAGAUGCAGCUGUGCUUGCAAAACUGCUGCGCACCGCAUGCAGUGGCGAUGACAUAAGGAGAUCGCUAGCUGAGUACGAAAAGAUCCGUCGGCCUCGAGUCGACAGGAUACAGGCUUUUGCCACAGCCAUGGGGCAUAUCUGGUCAUGUAAGAGUCCAGGGGAUAUUGAACGACGCAAUUCAGCUUGGCGGAAUAUCAAACAAGAGCAGAUUGAGACUGCGACGCCGGAUAUGAAUGCUGCUUUCAAUAGUCCGGAGUUCACAGCUUGGCUCGAUCGUUGCAUCGUGAUGGGAGAUUCGAGACUGGGACACCUUUAA